ACAUACGCUUGUGUUUGUGCUAGAAAGUUUUGCAAGCAAUGUGGUUUUGAUGAUAUAGUCAAUAUACUGCACCUGUACACAUAAAUACACGAGUGCUUCGCACUAGUCGGGCAUACGAGUCGCAGCUGCUCCCCCACCCCUCCACACACACUGAUCAUCACACACACACAUGUUGCGAUGAAAAUACUUUUGCCGUAUAAAAGCAGAUGCUGUCGAUAACAUCUUGUCUUUUUUUAACUGCUCGGGUUCAUCUUGGUCUUUCACACCUGGAGGUACCAGUGUGCUACACGCCCAUCGUCAGAUUGGGUGUCAGCAACAACUAACAAAGCAGAACACAAUGAGCCCGGUUACAGCGGUGUCAUUUUGCAGAUCAGAUAGUCUCUUUGGGAACUAUUGUGAGCAGUUCACAGCAGUUUGUGGUUCUGCUUCACAUAAAGUUUGUGUUUAAAAAAAUAGUGUUCAUUGUGAAGGGGCAAAGAGAGAGGGGGGACUCACUGGACAGGAGUCCAGAAACUGAUGGUAGGUUUGAAUCGCUGGCUGCGUCACCCUUCUCAAGAUAUGAUGUGUGUAUCACUCAUGAGUCAUUCAUUUUUAAAUCAUUAUAAGGGGCCACUUUCACUGGUUUAAAUGAGUUAUUUCAUGUGUUUCUUUUUUUUUUUUCAUUCAAAGACCAAAUAAGCUGAAAGUCGUGACUUAAUAUGUGGGGCUGCUUUUUCCUUCUUACAUGACUUGUUUGACUCGGUGGUUUAAAAAAUAUUCGGAGUGAAAGUAUUUUAAAGGUGGCAGACGCUGCAAAAUGUUUUUUUUUUCGAGUGCCUGUGGUUUAGUGUGAGGGGGUGAAGGGCAACAACAAAGGUGAAAAGGAAAAAGUACCUUGAAGAAUAAGACCAGGGGACAGCCCCCCCCUUGAUCUUACACGCCGUGAGGAAGAAGAUAAGGCGGUGACUUUAGUUGAGGAUUCUGUAGAUGUUCGCUCAAGCUACUCUGAGCUUUCAACUGGUUGUGGUGACGGACAACCUGAGUGACAGAUAUAGUUUAGCAGAGGGACGGUGAGAUUGCGAAAGUGGGACAGACAUCUGAGACGAGUGGAGGAUGAUGAGAGCCCAGAUAGAAGUUAUCCCCUGCAAAAUCUGUGGUGAUAAGUCCUCUGGCGUGCAUUAUGGAGUCAUCACAUGUGAAGGAUGCAAGGGUUUCUUUCGGAGGAGUCAGCUCCCCACAGUGUCCUACUCCUGCUCGCGGCAGAGCAACUGCCAGAUCGACCGCUCCAGUCGCAACCGCUGCCAACACUGUCGCCUGCAGAAGUGUCUGGCUCAGGGCAUGAGUAAAGACGCGGUGAAAUUUGGCCGAAUGUCCAAGCGCCAGCGAGACUCUCUGAUCGCUGAGGUGGAGCGGUACCGACAGCAACAGCAGCAGCAGCAACAGCUUCAAGAGUCUUUGCUGUCUUUCCCCUCUAAAGAGCGGCAGGACCGCUCCCCUCAGCUGCUCCCACAGGUGUCCCAUCCCUACUCCUUCAGCAGAGAUGAGGAUCUGCUGUCGUAUUCUGCUGAGGUCCAUCCCUACCUGCUGUGCCCCCAGAGUGAGUCCCAGGUGUCCGAUUUGAUCUACCGCAGCUCCGGGCUUUCACCUCCGACCAGGUCCUCUGGCCGAGGAGUCAACGGUGGACCCUAUGACAUCAGAGGUUUAGACUCCAGACCAGCAUCCACUGACCUGAACGUUCACACCUAUAACCCUCUGGAUGACCCAUACAGCUCAUACUCCAGAUCGCUGAGGAACAUCGAGGACUUGUGCUCCAGUAUCAUCCGCUCCAACAGAGAAACCUGCCAGUACAGAGCAGAGGAGCUGCAAGCACUCAGAUGGAAGCUGUUCAGCCGGGAGGAGAUCCAAGCCUACCAGAACAAGUCACUGGAUGAGAUGUGGCAGCACUGUGCGGUCCGACUGACUGAAGCGGUCCAGUACGUGGUGGAGUUUGCUAAACACAUCCCGGGUUUCCGUCUGCUCAGCCAAAACGACCAAAUCGCCCUGCUGAAGAGUGGCUCCAUGGAGGUGGUUCUGAUCCGAAUGAGUCGGUUCUUCAACAAGGAGAAUAACACCGUUUUCUUUGAUGGGAAGUUUGCUGGAACUGAAGUCUUCAAAUCUCUAGCGUGCAACGAUUUGAUGUCUGCAGUCUUUGACUUCGCUCAUGACAUGUGUACAUUAAAACUGAGCGAGCAGCAGAUUGCUCUCUUCAGCGCUCUGGUGCUGAUCAACGCAGAUCGGCCGUGUCUGGAGGACCGAGGCAAAGUUCAGCUAGUGCAGAGAAGUGUGGAGUUGAGCCUCACGCAUGUUCUGCACCAGGACAAUCAGGACAGUCUGAUGCACAAGCUCUUCCAAAGGAUGUCGGUUCUGCGCUCUCUGUGCUCGCUGCACAUGGAGAAGCUGCGCUGGUUCAGUCAGCGGUACCCGCUCACCGCGCAUACACUCUUCCCACCACUGUACAAGGAACUGUUUGGCUGCGAGGCCGAGAUGUCACCCAGCACCAACCACUAAUGCCGUGAGAAGCAGGGAAUAACACAACCGUCAAAACCAAAACAGCAAUAUGAUGAUGCACCAUUUAAAGCAAUAUUUUUUUUGGAUAUAUAUCAGGAGAAUGGUAACUUUACAUACCCUAACAACAUCUUUCUGAUGGUGCGUUCACGUGACGUCGCUUGUUGUUGUGUUCUGGUGCCUUACAUAGAAUUAUAUUCUGUGUUACAUACAAAAAAAAAUUUAACAAAACCAUAAACCACAUAGGUCAUAGUUCAAUAGCAAAUACUUCAUUGAUUCCACAGUGUUUGACUAGUCAUGUCUGCUCUUACAUGGACGCACCAUCAAGGCCUUCCUCUCCAGAUACUCAGAGGCCGUUGCUGUGGUUAACACACAAUGUGUCUGAAUGACAAGACCAGGGAGUGGCAGCCACAUGUGAAAACAUGGGGUCCACUUUGCGUCUUAAAAAUGAAUGUUGUUCGUGAGGCUUCUCCAAAUAUUUACAUUUAGUUAAAAAAAAAAAAUCAUGAAAAUCUAAAUCAGCCUUUGAAUGACGUCACCUCUUAACAAGCCACAUGAUGCUCUGUCAGAGAUAAAUAAGUCUUCAAUAAUACAAGUACAAUUUAAUGUCUCUUCUCAUAUUGUUUGUCCUUGGAAAGUCAAUAGUUUAACGUUUAAUAGCAUUAAACGCACCAACGUAAUGUUUUUUUUUUUAAAUAGCUGUCACUGUGACUUGUUUUGUAGCAUUGCUCAAAGGCACCUCGGCAUUAGCGGCUUAACUUGAAACUACACCUCUUUCUCCACCUUCUACUGGUCUGAUUCAGCCUUGUUGUGACACCUAUUCAUUACAUCUCUUUCGUUCCGUGUCCAACGGAAAGAUAAACAGCAAGUUGACACGGAGGGCCUGGUUUUAAUAACACAUCCUGACCAGCAGAUGGACAUUUACACAGCCAUUUACCCUCAACAUGUGCCGGAGAUCGAAAAUGGUAACAAAUGGAGACGUUUAAAAUGUGAAACCUUGUUCAGCAUCUUGAUGAAUAACAUUGAUUCAUUCCCGAAAUUACUUAAUUUCGACCAAAGUAUAUUCGUUAAAUCAAUAUGGGCUCCUCAACCUGUGUAUGUAGGGCAACAGUUGCCUAUAAUUAUUUAAUAUUUGGCAGCUUAUCAUUGUUUCUAGCCUCUUUGGCAUAUUUAUUUCUGUGUUCACAGUUGGGGAAGUCUCAGAUGUGUUUCAAUGUGCAGUCAUUUAAGGUUUGCUAGGGUCAAACUUUUCAUUUCAAUAGUGGAAAUAAUGAGUAAAGUGGUGUCUUGUAGCCAUGGGGAGAAAUGAAAAAAAAAAAACCAGAUACAACAUAAAACAUAAACUUAAAUGUAUUGUACUUUUGGAAGAGUGUUGCGAAAAUUAUGGGAAAACCUUGAAAUAAGUGAAAUACAAAUUCUGACAGCAGAAAUAAAAUGUUUCAAGCAAAUGGAGAACUGAUUUAAAUAUAUGUAUUCUCAGAUUGAAAAUAAGUCAUUAUUUUUCCUGUACAUAUUAAGUGGAAUAUUUUUCUAAAUGUGCCUAAUUUAGAUAUGGCAUUAUACUUACUAUUUCACAUAGCAAAUAUGUGAAAUAUAAGAAAUGCAUUUCAAACAGCAAUUAAAUAAUUUAAAUCAAUGUUGUAUAUAAUGUUAUUUUGGGAAUAUCUUCAUAUUCAUAGUCUUCCUAGAUGGCAAUGGAGGCAAUUGAUGUUUAAAUUUCAAACAGAAGUUUAUCCAAACAUGUAGUUUUGUUCUCUGUUCUCAUCUUCUGGUGGUUUGUUUCCUUCUCUUAUGUUAAAAUAAAGUCCUUGAUAAGG